AUGUGCGAGAAAGCCGCUGACACCAGCCACGCUGACCAGAUGCGCGAGCUGGCCGGCAUCGACUACGACGACUUUGCCAAUCUAAUGGAGAAAUCUGACGCAUUGCCAACGACAAAGUUCAAAGCGGUGCACUAUUGGCCGCGAUCGUCGAGCUCGAACAAGGAGCCUUCCAGCAAGUCAGAGAGACUGGGCAGUGGAGUCAAGCCACUGGAGGUGGCAGAGCAAGUCAAGAAGAAGGUCGACGAGAUUGUGGAGAUCACCAACAUCUGGGGCCUCUACUCGGAUCAAGUCCCUGAGGGAGAGCCUGCCCGCCUCAAUUUCCAAGGCUUCAUCUAUUUUCUCGGCACAUUCCGCAAGUCCCGCGACUAUUUCAUCUCGUUUGAGAUAGACGUAGAAGGUUCGGACGGCGAGGAAGUGUACAAGAUCGAUCCUUCCUCUGGUCAGAAGUGGCCACGAGGCAGCUAUCGUUCCUUCCCUUUUCGCGUCUCGUCCAACAGAGGCUUUGCGCUUCCAUCUCGCGUCUCGAAUACUCGUCAUCCUGUAGAUGCACUUGCAUCGGCAACGUCCAAUGUCCGCUUCUCGUCACACUCUGUCUCGCUUCCUGCCCUUUCUGAUCCCACGAUAGCGCGUCAACUGCCUAUCGAUACGAUAUGCGCAUUGACAGGUGUCCAUUUGACAGGCCGAGCCGUGAGAAGACGCAAUCCGGAGACACUUCGGUCGCUUCAGCCGCUCGGACUGGAAGUGAUGUUCGCAGCUUCAGCCGCCGAAUGUGCCUGUCUUCACGCUGCGUAUUCCAAAGGCACCGCCAACACCAAGGACAGUGGCAGCGAGUCUGGUCAUGCUCCUCCGUUGAAGUUCAAGGCGAUCCACCACUGGCCUGCGCCGGCAGUAUACUCCUGGCCGCACAGCGAGGAUUCCGACUCUGAAGGCCCUGGUUUCUCGGGCGUUUUGAAGCACCGUUUCCGUCACGAUUACGACUGGACGUCUGUCUGUCCCGAGGAUCUCGACACCAUGCUUGACAGAGCCAUACAGGCUUUCAUCCCAGACAUCAGGCAAGAGGACUAUAUCGUGCGCCCUGCAAUCUGCCUCGACAAUGAGACAUACAUUGAUGUCGAGGUCGUCAAUGUUGCCUUUUUUGACGACUUCUACCGCAUCGACUUGACUUGCAACGGUCAGUUUUUCGAACAGGAGCAAGCAUGGGCGCAGAUAGAACCCGACCAGGUCCUGUUCGUUCUCAGCAAGCUCGAUCGCGGGGUGAAUCCGUCCGAGAUUGCUGAACGAAUCAAGGUCGAGCUGACCGACUCGGUCGAGAUCACCAGCAUAUUCAGCAUCCACUCUGAGCAGCCUACAAGGGGGAAUGACAACCAUCUCAAUUUCGAGGGAUCAGUUUAUGCUCUGGGCAAGUUCCACUCAGAUUGCAACAGCGUGGACCUCAGCGGUAUCGAGAAUAUUGGAAACGAGAGCCAUAUCCACUGGCUCACCCGGCUGGACUUCUGA